AUGUCAGAACAAACACUUGAAUAUAGCUUACCGGGCGUAUUGCAUUACUUGCAAGCCGAAUGGAGAAAAUUCGAACGUGAAAAGAAUGAAUGGGCUAUUGAAAGAGCCGAGCUACAAGCUCGUAUAGCUUUAUUAGAAGGGGAACGAAGAGGUGUAGAAAAUAUAAAGAUAACCAUGAUGAAACGAGUUAAAAUGCUAGAAUAUGCACUAAGACAAGAAAGAAAAAGACAUCAAAGCGUAGAACAGACAGCCCCAGAUACCAACCCUAUACGCAAGUAG